AUGUCUCGUCUAAUUUGUUUAGUACUUUUUCUUUGUCUGCUCCCCUUUGCUGUCCCUCUGUAUUGUUUCACUUGUGUGUUUCCUACAAUCUCUCCACUGGACUGCAUCAAGUACCCACAGAAGUGCCCUCCAGGGCAGCUCUGUCUGUCUAGCGCAGCAGUCGGCAAACGAGGAGACUUCCGUGUGGUCCUGUAUGAGAAAAGCUGUAUUCUCUCCUCUCUCUGCGGUAUCAGUGGAGAAAAAUAUGCCAUGGGCAUAAACUUCACCUUCACCAAUGAGUGCUGCAGCACUAACCUGUGCAACGGGGCCACUUCCAACGCUGCUUCCAUUUGGACGGGCUACCCAUUCCAUCUUCUCCUCUCCUUUUCUUGUAUCCUGGUGAUGGAUUCAAAAGUCCUAUCUUAAACCAGAGACAUCACCUAAAUACACACAAUAUAAGGACAGAAACAUUUGCCAAUGAAGUUGCAUUUUUAAAGAAGUGAUUCAAAGCAUCAGGCAAGCAGUUGCAGGUCCUGGAAAUGCCCUGAAGUAUUUAAUGUGAUACUCAAACUCACUGUAGAUUG